UUACAUUGCAGCUCAAAGUGUUUAUUUGAUUGCGCAUAUUACACGGCAGUAUUAUUGUUGAAUUUUGUUUUGUUUUUUAUACAUUGUUGUGUGUGAAGCUAUAAGUGCAAUACAAUUAUUUACAUUCACAAAGAGUGUGCAAUUAAGCGAAUUGCAAUAAUACUAGUGUGUAAGGAGAGAGGAGGUGGAAAUUGGAACACUUUGAGGUGACGACACCAGCACCAAGUUCAAGGCACAAAAAACGCACAAACCAAAAGAAAAACAAAAAAAAAAAAGCUCAACGCAGUGAACAAACAAAACAGACAAAGCCGGCGCGUGGGUGUAUGUGUGUGUUGGUGCCUGUGAGUGUGUGUUUACAAGUUCAAAAGUAGGAGCAGCAUGCAAAGCUACGAGGAUGCAUUGAGUGCAAAGGGCUAUCAGAGCUUUGGCUUUGACACGGAUGUCGAAAUGGACAUGGACAUGAGCAGUAUGAGAACCAUAGAGAAGCGUAAAACGUGUGAUACGACAACGGAUGCCUCAGACGCUGAUAAGCCCGAUGCUGAUACUGAGCUGACCAAUGAGAUUUCGGCGCCCUAUGAAGUGCCGCAGUUUCCCAUUGAACAGAUUGAAAAGAAAUUGCAAAUACAGCGACAACUAAAUGAAAAGCAAUCAACGAAUACACGCGCGCAAGGCUUGGCCAGUCCUUUGAUGCGCAGCAGCUCAGACUUUGAUGCCUUGGCCUCGAGCGAAGAAGCACCCAAAACCGAUGCCGACAUCAAUUUUCAACGUGUCUCCGUCUCGGGCGAGGACACCAGCGGUGUGCCGCUGGAGGAUCUGGAGCGUGCCUCCACGCUGCUCAUUGAGGCACUGCGCUUGCGCGCUCACUACAUGGCCAUGUCGGAUCAAUCAUUUCCAACCACAACAUCACGCUUUCUCAAGACUGUGCGUCUCAAGGAUCGCUUUGAUCGCCUGCCAGCCAAAUCGGUUUCCGACAUAAUUCGCAAAAUGAGUGUGACGAGCUUAACAGAGCAGCAUCCGAAGACGCCGCAUCCAAAAAUGGAUAAUGUCUGGGAUGUGGAAUAUGUGCCAGAUGAAACCUACGUCAUAAAGCCAGUAAAUGGCGUCUUUCAUGUAUUUGUAGAUAAGGAUUGCAAAGAGGAUUUGAAUUUUCCCUAUCCGGAUAUGAAUGAAUUUGUUAAUGACAUGCAGGUCAUGUGUAAUAUGAUAGCCGAUGGACCACUUAAAUCGUUUUGCUAUCGGCGUCUAUGCUAUUUGUCAUCCAAGUACCAAAUGCAUGUGCUGCUCAAUGAGCUACGCGAGCUGGCCGCCCAGAAGGCUGUGCCCCAUCGGGACUUCUACAAUACCAGAAAGGUGGAUACUCAUAUACACGCGGCCUCGUGCAUGAAUCAGAAGCAUUUGCUGCGUUUCAUUAAAAAGACACUGAAGAAUAACGCUGAUGAGGUGGUCACCUUUACAAAUGGACAGCCCAUGACAUUGGCACAGGUCUUUCAAUCAAUGAACUUGACUACCUACGAUCUGACCGUUGAUAUGCUGGACGUGCAUGCUGAUCGCAAUACGUUCCAUCGUUUUGAUAAAUUCAAUUCCAAAUACAAUCCCAUUGGCGAAUCCAGGCUGCGUGAGGUUUUUCUCAAAACCGAUAAUUAUUUGAAUGGCAAAUACUUUGCACAAAUCAUCAAGGAAGUGGCCUUCGAUCUGGAAGAGUCAAAGUAUCAAAACGCUGAGCUGCGUCUUUCCAUUUAUGGCAAAUCUCCAGAUGAAUGGAAUAAGCUGGCCAAAUGGGCCAUUGAUAAUGAUGUCUAUAGCACAAAUAUACGUUGGCUAAUACAGAUACCUCGAUUGUUCGACAUCUUUAGAUCCAACAAAAUGAUGACAUCAUUCCAGGAGAUUCUCAAUAAUAUUUUCUUGCCGCUUUUCGAAGCAACCAAUAAGCCCAGCGAGAAUCCAAACUUGAAUCGUUUCUUACAAUAUGUGAUUGGCUUUGAUUCUGUGGAUGAUGAGUCCAAGCCAGAGAAUCCACUGUUUGAUAGCGAUGUGCUGAGACCCGAGGAAUGGACCAUCGAGGAUAAUCCGCCAUAUGCCUACUAUAUCUAUUAUAUGUAUGCCAAUAUGACUGUGUUGAACAAGUUUAGAGAGAAACGCGGCAUGAACACUUUUGUGCUGCGCCCACAUUGUGGCGAGGCUGGACCCGUACAGCAUUUGGUGUGUGGCUUUCUCAUGGCCGAAAACAUUUCCCAUGGCUUGCUGCUGCGCAAGGUGCCAGUGCUGCAGUAUCUUUAUUAUCUGACACAGAUCGGCAUAGCAAUGUCACCGCUUUCGAAUAAUUCGCUGUUUCUUAAUUAUCAUCGCAAUCCCUUGCCCGAAUAUUUAGCGCGUGGUUUGAUUAUCUCUUUGUCUACCGAUGACCCGCUGCAAUUUCAUUUCACCAAGGAACCUCUUAUGGAGGAAUACAGCAUUGCAGCGCAGGUGUGGAAGCUCAGCUCAUGCGACAUGUGCGAGCUGGCGCGCAAUAGCGUCACUAUGAGUGGUUUUCCACAUCAUAUUAAACAACAGUGGCUGGGUAUGCAUUACUUUGAGGAUGGCAUUAUGGGCAACGAUAUAACUCGCACCAAUGUGCCCGAAAUUCGCGUGGCCUACCGAUAUGAGACUCUGUUAGAUGAACUCACUAAUAUAUUCAAAGUGAAUCAGACUUGCCAUGUUGUGAAUGAUUCCAAAUAAAUUAAAAGAGUUUCCAAUUGCAACUUUAACCAAUAAUAAUAUGCAUAUACACACAGUACACUACAUAUAGUGAUUGCUUUUUAUGCAUAAACGCAUAUGGCUAUAUAUAUUCUGUAUGCUAAAGUUUCCUGUUCUUAACUAACCAUUUAAAAAACAGCAAACCCAUCAAAGCUCUAUUUACAUUUGGUGUAUGUUGUACUUAUACGUGUGUUUGUGUGUGUGUGUGUGUUUUUACAAACUUAUAUACAGGGCGCAUUGGCUGGCAACAGCUGUAACUGCAAUACUCUAAAGCAAGCGCAUUAAUUAUUCUAAAAAAAAAUUAAAUUCUUAAAAAUAUAUUCCUCAAUCUGACUUGUAGUUAGUCUAUUUUUUUAUGAGCCUUGCUGGUGUUGCAAGUUGCAGCUAUUUUGCAAUCGAACUAGCAAAAAAUUAUAUUAAAACUUUUUAAAUCCAUAUA